AAUUCUCAGGGUAUCCUCUGAUGUAGGCCUUUCAGGCCUUGAAUCCAGUGGGUUUGAGAACUUUCUAAGAGUGGUGCGGCUCUUGACAACAUGUGGGCUCCACCGGCAGCAAUCAUGGGGGAUGGGCCCACCAAGAAGGUGGGCAACCAGGCCCCCCUGCAGACACAGGCCCUCCAGACUGCCUCUUUAAGGGAUGGCCCGGCGAAGCGGGCCGUGUGGGUCCACCAUAGGAGUUCAGAGCCACAAGAACCUACUGAAUCAAAGGCAGCCAAGGAGAGGCCCAAGCAGGAGGUGACCAAAGCAGUGGUCGUGGACCUGGGCACUGGCUACUGUAAAUGUGGCUUUGCCGGCCUGCCAAGACCCACCCACAAGAUCUCAACAACGGUGGGCAAGCCCUACAUGGAGACCGCCAAGACUGGGGAUAAUCGCAAGGAGACAUUCGUGGGGCAGGAACUCAACAACACAAACGUUCAUCUCAAGCUGGUUAACCCUCUGCGACAUGGCAUCAUCGUGGACUGGGAUAUAGUGCAGGAUAUCUGGGAAUAUCUCUUCCGACAAGAGAUGAAGAUCGCCCCGGAGGAGCAUGCGGUCUUGGUUUCAGACCCGCCGCUGAGCCCACACACCAACAGAGAGAAAUAUGCUGAAAUGCUGUUUGAAGCCUUCAACACCCCUGCAAUGCACAUCGCCUACCAGUCGCGCCUGUCCAUGUACUCCUAUGGAAGGACCUCCGGCCUGGUGGUGGAGGUGGGCCAUGGCGUGUCCUACGUGGUCCCCAUCUACGAGGGUUAUCCUUUGCCCAGCAUCACCGGAAGGCUGGACUACGCGGGCUCUGACCUGACAGCCUACCUGCUGGGCCUGCUGAACAGUGCGGGGAACGAAUUCACCCAGGACCAGAUGGGCAUCGUGGAGGACAUCAAGAAGAAAUGCUGCUUUGUGGCCCUGGAUCCCAUUGAGGAGAAGAAAGUCCCUCUCAGUGAGCAUACGAUCCGCUACGUGCUGCCGGAUGGGAAGGAGAUUCAGCUGUGCCAGGAACGGUUCCUCUGCUCAGAGAUGUUCUUCAAGCCAUAUCUCAUCAAGUCCAUGCAGCUGGGCCUCCACACCCAAACCAUGUCCUGCCUUAACAAGUGUGACAUCGCCCUCAAACGGGACCUCAUGGGGAACAUCCUGCUGUGCGGGGGCAGCACGAUGCUCAGUGGCUUCCCUAACCGUCUGCAGAAGGAGCUAAGCAGCAUGUGUCCCAAUGACACCCCGCAGGUAAACGUGCUGCCUGAAAGAGACAGUGCCGUGUGGACCGGUGGCUCCAUCCUGGCCUCACUUCAGGGUUUCCAACCAUUGUGGGUCCACCGCUUUGAGUAUGAGGAACACGGGCCUUUCUUCCUCUACAGAAGGUGCUUCUGAACGGCGACGAGGAUGGCCACUGCACUGGCAGUGCCUACCCUCGACAGGGUGAGCGCACUCCUACACACAGGGGGUGGAGCCGGCGCUUAUUCCUGUAGCAUUAAACACCCCUCAUAUGCCCCUCCA